CGUCCUACCCCCCGACACUCCUACAAAUGCUCUCAUCCCUUGUUUUCCCCAAACCAGGAUUGCCCAUUGCCAACCCCAGGGAGGCUGUGAGGAAGAGGAAGAUGGCCCGGGACACUGAGGCAGGAGCUGAGCAUGGAGAGCAGGGAGGACAAAUGCCCACGGCAGAACGUGGUGGAAGAGGCCGUUUUGAGCGGCUCCACGGCGCAAGAAGCCAAUGGGGAGGAAAAGCCCCGGAGAUGCCGCACGAGGAGGGGCUGCAAACGCAGCUGGCAGGGAUCUGAGGAGGAAAGAGCCAGCCUGGGUCAGGAAGGCGGCCGGAGACGGAGCCAGAGCUCGGAGCUGGUGCUCCAUGAGCAGCUCCAUGGUGGGGAGAAGCCCCAUACGUGCGAGGAGUGUGGGAAGAGCUUCAGGCAGAAAGGCGACCUGAUUGUGCACCAGAGGAUCCACACUGGGGAGAAGCCCUACGAGUGUGGGGAGUGUAGGAAGAGCUUCAGCCAGAGCUCCAGCCUGAUUGUGCACCAGAGGACCCACACUGGGGAGAGGCCCUACGAGUGUUCCAAGUGUGGGAAGGGGUUUAAGACCAGCUCCAAUCUCCUCCAGCACUAUCAGAGUCACAGAGAGGAGAGGCCCUUCCAAUGCCCCGACUGCAGGAAGGGAUUCAAGUACAACUCCCACCUCAUCAGACACCGGCGCAUCCACACUGGGGAGAGGUCCUACGAGUGUGAUAAAUGCAGGAAGAGGUUUCAGGCCAGCUCCAAUCUCCUCCUGUACCAUCGGAUUCACACAGAAGAGAGGCCCUUCCGUUGCCCUGACUGCGGGAAGGGAUUCAAGUGCAACUCCCACCUCGUCACCCACCGGCGCAUCCACACUGGGGAGAGGCCCUACGAGUGUCCCCAGUGUGGGAAGAGCUUCUCACAGAGCUCUGCCUUGACCAAACACCAACGGAGGCACCACUAAGGGAAGCCCUGCGAGUGCCCCGAGUGCGGGCAGAGCUUCGUGCGCUGCUCCAGCUCCAUCCCCCACUGGAGGAGGCACUUUGGGCACAGCCCUGGUCACUCACAUUCCCUGUGAUCCAUGUUGGGAACACACCUGGCUGCUUCGCCUUUUGGUUUGGCCUCUGCUUCACCUUCAUCCUUUAAAAACACCCAAAACUGGGUUAAAUGAAGGAAAUUGAUCAAAUAGAUAGAUCUGAAGUUCCAUAAUUGCUGAGUUGUUUUAGAGGGAAUUUAGUAUUUGGGGACACGUUCUGUGUGGAGUGCUGUUGUUGCUAAGAGGCAGG